UACGAGCUGCGUGAGGACCGCCAACGCGAGGUUGUGCGCUCGAUCGGUCACCUCGAGAGCCUCAAACGCCAAAUCAUCGCAGCUCUUUCUCCGUUGACCGGCCAAUAUGGCAACAAGAACACCAGCAACACCUCUGCUGGCAACAGAGAAACGGGCGUCACCCGGACGAAGCCCCGCCUUCCGCAGCAAACAUCUACAUCGGAAGCUGAGUCUCAGACCCUAAAGGCCAGAUCCGAGGCCACCACCAACAGGAGCAAUGUUUCAGCGGCAGAUCCAGUCGCUUUCGAUGGGGACCUCCAGAGCGUUUGCGAGGACAUACGGCGCAUGGUUCUGUCGGCCCAGGGCACCUGCGUUGAUAAGCCGAAUGUCAAUUGCAGUCAGCCAUCGCUGACAGUUCCCGAUGCUGCGGGCAGCCAAGCUCUGAAGACGGAGAUUAUCGGCGAGAUGAAGGCGGAACUGCAUGCGUUUGCGCAGCAGCUGAUGCAGUAUCUGAAGUCCUCGUCAGUGCAGGUUGAGCAUUCACCUGACACCGUCAACAGUCCAGCUGAGUCCGCGACUUACUCACACCGUUCGGGUCAAGGGAGUGUUCAGGCCUGCCCCUCUAUGGAGACGCAGGGUGGUGAUCUGUGGAGGGCCGCUGGCAUGAUGACGAGAAACCAGGUGCUAUUGCCCCCAGCGUCAGCUAUGAACGUAUCUCCGGAAAAGAGGCCUGUGAAAGGUGCAGGAGGAGCCACAAACGCUGCGGAACUGCUUUCAUAUCCUUUGUCCGAACUCAGAAACCUUAUCGGGGGUGUCUCGGUACAGGCUGAACCCUUCAAACCUAUAGCUCCGCCUGCCCACGUUGUCCUCGAUGGAAGACGUGAAGGAUAUGGUGAGGGGGGCCGUCAGAGUGGCAUUCGAGCCAAAAAAAGUUCGUCUUAG